AUGAAUGCAUUUGAAGCUACAACAACACAAAGAGAAUUCAUGUUUCAUCUAAAUCACACUCCAACAGACUUCAUCAUCGAAGGAAUCUCGGAUGUACCUGAGCUACAGGUUCUGAUCUUUCUUCUGGUUCUUCUCAUUUAUCUUGCCACUCUCGGUGGUAAUGUAGCAAUAGUUCUACUGGUGUGUCUGAACUCUCAUCUUCAAGUUCCAAUGUACACCUUCUUGGCCAAUUUAUCCAUCCUAGAUAUGUCUUGCUCGACAGCUGCUCUACACAAGAUAUUUACAAUGUCUCUCUCAAAAGAGAUCUCAUAUCUUUCUUGCUUGGCUCAGUUAUAUAUUUUUUCUUCAUUAACCAGUGACCAAUUUUGGAUUUUGGUUGCUAUGAGUUAUGAUCGAUAUGUGGCCAUCUGUAAACCUCUAUAUUAUCACAUGGUCAUGAAUGGUAGACAUUGUGCUCUGUUGGUUUCUGUCUGUUGGGUGUUGGGAUUUUUAGAGGUUGUUCCUCAUAUAACUACACUGUCACGCUUCACUUGUUACAGGUCCAAUAAGAUAGAUCACUUUUUUUGUGAUGUUUUGCCAAUUAGAGAAAUCACAUGUAGUGACACCACAUCUUUGGAUCUUUGUCUUGUUAUAAUAGGACUUACACAUCUUACAUCAACUUUCACCUUGACCUUAAUUCCGUAUGUGUUUAUUAUCUCAUCCAUCCUCAAUAUAAAGUCCAACACAGGGAGACAAAAAGCAUUCUACACCUGUUCCUCACACAUAGCAGUGGUCCUCAUAUUCUAUAUGACAAUUAUUAUUCAGUAUAUAGCAUCCAAAUCAACCAAAAGUAACGCAUCCAACAAAGUGUUUGCCUUGUUAAAUACAGCAAUUGUUCCCAUGCUGAACCCACUGAUUUACAGCUUGAAAAAUAAAGAUGUAAAAUUAGCUUUGAAAAGAAUGAUUAAGAAUUGA